UUUCAGCAGGGCCUCGCCGGGACGAAGCGACCGCGGCUCUACGAAUAUCUCGAAAACAUCGUGAGACGUUCCAUCUCUUUCGCACGGUCCGAGCAAUGUUUUCCACUGUUCUGCCUCGUUGCAAAUGUGUCUCGUUGCGUCAGUCAUUAUAAACGAUGCGAAGAAUUUAUUCGAGAAUUCUCCUCGAUCCACGUGAGAAGCGAAGCUGCGUUCUACAUAACAUGAUCCGUUGAUCUUUUCACACGUAUUAUACAGUGCUUUCACGGCAGAAUAUCAGACUGUUUUAAUUGAAUCGAUGGGCUUUUAGUAUCGUCCGAUAUUGUAAUUAUUCGGAAGAAUAAAUUGAAUUUAUCGAGCCAGUAAGAAAGAGAAAAAUAAAAGAUCGUGAAAGAUAGAGACAAAGACAGUUGUUUCUCGUAUUUCCUUUUAGUUUCGCGAGGUUAUUCUUGAUUCUGUUAAGGGUUUCGAGAGUAUCGUGAUAUUGUGGUGACUUUUUUCGAAGCAACGAAUGGAUGGGUUGUUGAAAAGAAUGUUGAAAGAGGUUAAGUGCUAAAUUACGCGGUUAAAGCGAUUUCUUGAACUGGCUGCUGUAAUAUAUGGCAACGUCAACUGUGUCGGGUCAUCAUGAAGCCGUCAAGAAAAAUUCCACGGAGCUUCUUGAUCGGAUUUCCAUGAACAGCUGUCCGCCAAGCAGUUUCCCUGACAAGUUUCAAGACUUCUUUGCCGCCCUUAACGAAGACUCGGACGAUCUACCCAGCAUGCUCGAGGAUAAGUUGAUACCCAGAAAGCAGGAGGCCUCGAACUGCGACUCGAAGAGCAGACGAUGGAGCAAGAGGGCGUUCCAAAGGAGGAGCAGCGAGGUCGAGGUUCGUCUGCAUCGCACCUCGUUGACAGGGUCUCAGGGACACUCCAGCGUGGAUGGUCCAAAGUCACCGACACCUUCCAGACGUCGCAGCUCCAGCAUAGCUGUCGCCAGACCGACUCCAGACCUGCACAGGUUCCUGCAAGCAGAAGCUGGACCCUGGGGCCACCUGUCGCCCUCGCCUAGAAGCCCCACCAGAACUCCAGCAAUAAGUCCUGGAGCAGUGUCCUCGUCGUCUCACUUGAGUCCAGGGGCAAGUCCAGGUGGUCCAAGCCCGACCAGUCCAGCUGGUCCAAUCGGCUCAGCUUCUGGCUCCAGAGUUCCAGUGCCAAGGCAAUAUCGCGGACGAACGAGCAGUAUGCCAGCAGUUCCACGUCACAAGCCGAUGCUCGCUGAAACGAAACGUAGCGGCGCUGGCGGGGCCGACGAAGGAGAAGAGAAUGGCGUGGAAUAUUACAGACUCAGAUCGUUUUCUAUAACAGCGAAUGGGGUGUAUAACCUCGGUGAUUCGUUGAAGAGCCGACGUAGCAAGAGUAUCAACAGUGUCACAUCCUCGGGUACAAGCUGCAGCAGCACCAGGGAAGUCAGGCUAUUAAGUUCAACGUCGCAGCUUUCAGGCAUAGAGGCCGAGGAGGACACAUGUAACGAACAAGUAGCCACUUACAAGGUUGGCAUGCUCGGUGCAUCAGGAGUUGGCAAAACCGCCCUCACCGCGCAAUUCACCACCAGCGAUUACAUUUGCGCCUACGACACUUCUCUAGAUGAGGAAUACGGACAGAAAAGCGUUUCUGUGAUGCUCAAUGGCCAAGAAACGGAACUGGAGAUUAUAGAUCACCCUGCGGCAGAGAUGUCGGUCGAGACGUUCUGUUCGACGUACAAUCCGGACGUUUACGUGGUAGUUUACUCCGUGGUGGACAGGCGAAGCCUGAAAAUGGCCGAAGAAACGCUGCUGUACUUGUGGAAGAGCGACUACAUGGCUAGCCGUGGUGUGAUUCUCGUCGGGAACAAAGUUGAUCUCGAGCGGAAACGCGAGGUCCCAUCUGUCGUUGGCCGACGUUUGGCGAAUAACUGCGGCUGCAAGUUCAUCGAAACUUCAUCAGGCCUUGCCCAUCACGUGGAUGAGCUACUGGUCGGCAUUCUGGCGCAGAUUAAGCUGAAUCCUCAACGGGACCGGGACCAAGCUACCAGACGAAGGAGAAGCAAGCACCGUAGGAGGAUCCUGAAACAUCUGUUGGGCUUUAAGAGGAAAACGAAGAGCUGCGAGGACCUCUUCGUUCUCUAACGUUUCCCUUGCUCGAGUAACGACCUGAGCAUUCGGUUUGUCGAUCGUUUAGUUUUCCUUCAUUUUGUUUUUUUUUUUUUUCACGUACCUAAGAAUCGAUAUCUAGUAGAGAAACAGAACAUGGAAGAAGCUGGAUAAAUUAGCCUAAAAUGUGUAAGAGUCUGAAGAGCUACGAAGCGUCUGAAGAUUAUCGUUUACGAGGAACAGAAAGCUGUUCGAGGGAAGUAACUUCGUGGUGGCGCUAGUGUGUGGACCUCUGCAAUCGGUAAACUGGUACACUAUGUUAUCGACGCCGAUUUGAAUAAAUUGUAUGGGAAACUUCCUCGAGCAGGUGAAUCUGGAAAUGAAAUCGAAGAAGGAAUGUGAUAUCUUCAAUCUUGAAUAUGUCCGACUUCGAAGAGAAGAUUCAGGUUGAAGUCGAGGGAGUAUGAGUUUGUAGAAAUAACAUGGAAGAUAUUUUCUGUCACGGUUCAUGUGAAUGAACUGUGGACUUUGCUUUCAGAUGCCUCGUGUGAAGAACAGUAUUGUAAAACUGCAAUGAAGAUUUUAAAGAUACGAUUAAGAAUUACUUCAUCCUUGAUGCUAAGUUAGUUUGUCUUAGAAUUUAUUAUGGAGUUUUUCGCACGCAGUUCCCUAUAUUUUCGUGUGA